AUGGUGUACGCGAUGCGUGAUGAACCGAGUGCAUCUAGAGAUGAAGAAUCAAAAUGGGAAUCUCAAGUGAUUGAAAGGAAUAAACAAGACUCUGUACUGACUGAUAGAGUGACGGAGGAGGAGGUGAAGGAACAAGAGAAGACUUCUUUACAGGACACCAUCUUUACUGUAGAGGACAAUGACCAUCAGGAAACUCCUUCCAGUAGUCCUGAAGUCCCCCACACUGCCGAAAACCAGCAAGUGGAGGACACCAAGCCUCAAGAUCAGGACAGUCCAGCCUGUACAUCAUCAGGUGACACUGGAUCACAUCUGCUGAGACAGCUGGACUGUGACAAGAUCGUGAGGACCAAGGAUCCCAUUUGCUGGAAAUAUGCCAUUGGCAAGAAAUUGGGGGAAGGAGGAUUUGGCUCUGUGUUCGAAGGAACCCGUUGCAAGGACGGCCUCAUAGUAGCUGUGAAAUUCACAGCGAAGACAGGGAACGAGCAAUACAUCCACCUUCCUGACCAUCCAAGACCUCUUCCACUUGAGGUGGCCCUGACAGUAAUGGCCAAUCAAGGCCCACACUGUCGCCAUAUUAUAAAGCUGCUGGAGUGGCAGGACCAUCUCGACCAGUUCAUCAUGGUCCUAGAACGGCCCUUACCCUGCAUGGACAUGCACAGCUUCUGGAAGCUUUCCGGAUGCUGCUUCAGUGAGAAAUUGGCCCGUCAUUUCAUGCGGCAGGUUAUUGAGGCUGCUGUCAUGUGCUGUACCAGGGGUGUCCUACACAGAGACAUCAAGAUGCAGAACCUCCUGGUCAACACAAAGACCCUGGAGGUCAAAUUGAUCGAUUUCGGCUGCGGGGACCUCAUGAAACGCUCCGCCUACAAAAAGUACUCUGGCACAGAAAGCUAUUGCCCUCCAGAGUACUUUGAAAAGGGCAAGUACCAUGGGAAGAAGGCAACGGUGUGGUCGCUGGGGGUGCUGCUGUUUGCCAUGAUCAGCCGCCGUUUCCCAGACAGAGGAGAUAUCGCUUCGAUGGACUCUGAUGUCUGGUUCAAGCCGAACUUAUCAGAUGAAUGCUGCCGGUUUAUUCGAGGUUGCCUGAAGAGCAACCCAAAGCGGAGACUCCAUCUGGAUAAGAUGCUCUCCCAUGACUGGUUAAGGUACAGUGUAAAAGACAAGCUAAAAUGAUUUUGAAGAUAUAUGUACAUUACAUUUUUGUUAACUUAGCUUGAUUAUCUGAAUAUGGACAUCAGCUUCUUUACAUUACCAUUCAGUACCUGCUGUAACUGUCAUAUAUCCAAUCCUUAUACAUGGCAUAAAUGUAUUUUUUUAUACCUUAUGAAAA